UGCCUAAUGCAGAAUGCCGGACAGUUCGGCCAAGGAGCUGCCAGUGCCCACCCGCCGACGCAGUUCGUGCCAUCAGAACAUUCGCCGGGCGGCGGGUCCACUACCAGUUCGUUAAGGCAAUUCCGCAAAAAAGAUGUAGACAGAAACCAACUGGAGCCCGGCAAGCAGAUGGCCGAAAGUCACGUGGCCCGAGUCGCCCCCCACAACCACUUCCCCCUCAUGUCCAACGAUGCCUAUCGCUUUUCAUCGGCACACCAAUUUUCAGGCCUAAACACCCAGAUGAAAUACUCAGACCAUCUAGCUGAGGCAUCGCAACCCAACCCUUUGUCAACGUCUGUGAUACAAAAGCCUAAAACUAAGGAUUACAUGGAAAUGUGCACGGUGCAGCAGCAGCAGCAGCAGCAGCAGCAGCAGCAGCAGCAGCAGCAGCAACAGCAGCAUUUAAACAGCCAACAAUAUUCCCCCGAGAAUGGCCAGUACAUGCAAAAGGAGGCGAUGCCGCAGGGCUACCCGCCGAUGUACAAGGAAUCUCAGUUCUUCGCCAAGGAGCAGCAGCUGCAGUACCAGCAGAUGGCGCAGCAGGCGGGGCCGCCCAAGUUCAGCGCCAUGCUGAACCAGAACAUGCGCAAGUACAGCCCCACCCCCGCCGACAACCCCUUCUUCAACAAGCUGAGCAAGCUGCAUCCGUCCAUGGCGCGCUCGAUCAUCAGCGACCACCAUCUGCAGGACGCCCAGCCUGCUUAUCCCCCCAUGGAGCAGCGCGGGAUUUAUCCCCAACAGAACCAUCGCUUCUACUCGGCCGCCAUCCCUAGAGGAUAGCUUGAGCAUCACCAAAGAACUAGUCGACAAAAACUGCUCGCCCAUCAAUCUGGAACAGUUGGAGGAAAACCUGGGCUUUGACGCCCCGGAGGAGCCCUCAAAUUGCCAAAGCGAGGAUUCCGAUGACAACCCGAAUAAAUCGCCAGGUUCGAAGAGCAUGCCCAUCAUCGACUUCUUCGGCGAGGCCGCGAUCAGCAAGGCCGAAGGCCCCGAUGGGGAGGAGGAGGUUAAGCGCGAGGUGGCCGAAGAGGGAAACAGUGAGGCCGCGGAGCCCAACCCGGACAAGGAGGUCAAGGAGGAGGCCAUCGAGCCUGUGAAAGACAGCGCGUGCGAAGUGGAGAUCAAAACCGAACCGCCUACCAAAGAACCCAAAGAGGACUCGGAGCCUCGCCCGGAGAAGCGCAGCCGCAUCUUCUCAGUGGACGACAUCAUGAACAACAUCGGCCACAGUGCGAGAGCAGGCGGCAACGGCGCCAGCCCCUUGGAGCUGACCCAGAGUUUCAUCGACAAAGAAGUGGAGUUCUCCUCCUUGGAGCAGCUGCAGCCAAUUAAGGCGGAGGUUAAACCAGAAGUGCACGUGGUGGAGGACGAGCCCUCGAGCAGCAUCGUGAAGGUGGCCGGCUCCUCCACAGUUCUCCAAGUGGCGGGCGAGCUGAUGGAGAUCACCGUGGAGAUGGUGGAAGGCAAGAAAAUCAUCAAGGUCAAGCCCCUGUCGAGUUCCGCCACAAUUAUCGAUGUCAACGCCAACUAUGAGCAGCCCAUUGAACCUGCAGGUGGCGAUGAGGACGAGGUCAGUGGGAGAAGCCCCAGUCCUGCCCCAGUGGGAGAAGUCUUGGAGGCGCCAGCCACCCCAGUUGCUGAAGGGGCCCCUCCUCCAGUUGAUCCAACAUUGGGGCAGCCGAUGGAGGAAACUGCUUCAGUUGCCCAGGCAGAGCCCACUGUGGAGGAAAAUCCUACGUUUCCGGCAGAGGCCGGUUCAGACUCAGUUGCAGAACCACCGGCCGCUGCAGGGGAGGAAAACGUCGCCGAACCGGCCCCAGCCUUUGAUGACGCCUCAGAUGCGAACAGAGCGUCACCUUCUGAAUCCCAUGAGGGUGCAGAAGAACCCGCUGAAACCCUGCUGGCGGGCGAAGAGGGCGAGGAACCACCACUGGGCUUCGCCCAGUUCGAGGAAGAGCCGCUGCACUUUGCGAUGGAAGACGAGGUGUUCAUCGAGGAUCCCCCCGCGCACGAGGUGAUAGUGAGCGACCCCUUGGAAGGGCUGGGCCUGAUCGAGGAGAUCCUUCUGGAGCCGGUCACCACCAGCGAGCUGGACGCCGUCCCAAAGAUCGAGCCUGAACCGGCUGACCCUGAGCUGGACACCAAGGACACCGUCACCAUCAAGGCGGCGAAACUGGAGGUGCAGAUCCUCUCGCCGACCUCCACCAACUUCGAGGACUUCGCCUCGCAUCGCCCCAACGUGUACUGCAAGGGGGCGCGCAAGUGCAGCUCGGACAACGACGUUGCGGACUACACAGUGGCCACCAAGGCGGCCAAGAAGCUCUACGACUACGACCUGCAGGUGCAGCACGACAUCGUCUCCUCGUCCAAGAAGGAGGAGCUGCCCAAGAGCAAGAAGGCCGCCCCGAAACGCUCCGUGCGCCUGACGGAGAAGACGCAGACCACGACCGAGCAGAAGGAGGCGCUCAAGCAGCUGGUGGAGAAGCGCAAGCGGCGGGAGGAGGUGCGCCCGAAGGAGACUAGGGAAGAGGCUGCGCCUCCCGGCGCUUUGCAGCCGGAACGGGACGAGGAAUAUGUGGACUUCAAAGAGCUGUUGCGGGCGCGCAAGUUGAAGAAGCUGAAGAAGAUGCAGGAGGCAAGCGGGGACGGGGAGCGGCCGGUUGGGGGAGCUGCAGAGCCUCAGCCGCGGGAAGAGGAGCAGACGGCGCCCCAGCUCCCAGAGAGAGCAGAAGUGAAGUUGCGCGAGCAAUGUUCCUCAUCCACAGCCAGCGUGUCCAAAGCGCCUGUUCUGGUGCCGAGCAUUUCGGAGCUGAUGGAGGAGAACAACGCAACAGCGAACAAGCGGAAGAUCAGCCUGGCGGACUACGUGAACAGGAAACGGAAGGCGAGCAGCGCGGACGCUGACCAGCCCAAGAAGCCCAGGCUGGAGCCAGAGGAGGCAAAGCCGAAGCCCGGCCGGACGUUGAGCGACAUGAAGACCUCGUUCGUUAUCCACUCGUCCGACUGGGAGGACUCCCACUCGCCCCAGCCCGCCCCCUUGGAGGCAAAGGCGGAGCCUGUGAGGGACGAUUUCAGCGCGCUGAUCAGCAAUCCGGUCGUCAACAUCAACGAGCUGACGCCAGUGAAGAAUCGCGAGGAUCGCACGCUGCAGGAGUACAAAAACAAGGUGGAGUCGCAGCUCAGCUCGCUGAACAUCCAGAUCCCCAAGGCGAAGCCGCAGACCAGUGGCAGGUCGCCGGCGUUUCGCCCGCCCCACAGCUCCGAUCUGGUGAAGCGGUUUCUAAACAAUGAGAAACUGUCGGAAAAGGAGAUGGAAAAGAUCAGGAAAAUCAUCUCGUACAAGCGCUCCAUCCAGGACCGGCGACAAAUCAGAACGCCGAGCGAAAGUGCGACCGAAUCGAGCUUCGACGGUUCGCCGUGCUCCACCUACGAGGUGAAGAACAGCUCGCGGAUCGAAACGAACCCCAGCGAAGUGCGGCUGCACAUCAAGAAGGUGAACUCGAAGCGGAAACUGGCGUUCGGCCAGCCGCGACAGGAUCUGAGCGCUCAGAAGGGCCAGAAAAAAGCCGUCGGCUACUCGGUGAUCAACCGGCUGGGGCAGGACGGCAUGCCGAAAAUCGUCUUCAAGCGGCAUAAAAAAAGCCUAGCCAAAGAACCCGUCGUUGAACUGGUGAAGCUGAACCUGAACGAUCUGGUGAGCGUUCAGGAGGAGUACAACGUCACUGUGAGCCAGAACAUGUGAUUUAGGGACCAAAUAGAUGCGCGGGCAGGCAUUGUCCGCGAAAUAUACCGGGUGUUUGCCUCAGACGCACACCCGGUAUCAGCUUAAUUUAAUUAAUUAAAUACAUUAGGUCGGUUAUUUCGUCUUUAUGAAUCAUACAGUUUAUUUUCGUUGAAAUAUUGCGUUGUUUGUUAUUAUUUUUUUAUAUAUAAUACAGGGUGUCCCACUGGGAACGGCCGCGAUCGAUAUCUGACAGCUGUAAUUAGGAGACAUUUGACAGUUGGACAGCAAGCGGUCUUAAAUAUUUUCAAAAUGGCCACACUUAUGGCCACUCAAAUGGAACACCCUAUAUAUUAUGACAUUUUUGAAUUCUACUCACAAUUCUAAAUGUAUGUCAUGUAUAAUAUCAUGUACGUAAGUCUAACCGUUUUUGAGAUAUUUGAAAUUUUAUGUAAAAAAUGACAGUUGCAGCCACUCGAAUAAUUGUUCAGUUUUUCUAUAAUAAUUGGUCAUACUUAAUUUGAAUCGCUUUUAUUGUUGAAAAGGACUUUAAAGAAAUUUCGAAAACAUUUUGAAGACUAUUAAUACAAAGUGUUAAAAAAAUACAGUUGAGAAAACCGACCAAAAUCAUUUUUUCCAAAUGGAAACCCCCAUUUUUGAUAAUUUUGUCAUAUGCAGUAUUAAAAACAAGUGUAAGUUUUUGUAACGAUGUCUGUAUUCCAAAAGUGUUUAGUUUUCAAAAUAUUGCCAAUUUAUUGUUUUUAUAUGGCUAUUUAGCCGCGUCUUAUUUUAAGUCCUGUCACUCUCAGUUGCCAUGACGAAAGGGGCCAUUUUUAAUGCAAUCAAACACGCAAGGAAUGCUGACAGCUGUCAGUUACCCAUUGAAAAUAAUUCAUAAUCAUGCCCGGGCGCUUCAAUUAAACAAACGGAGAUUAUUUGAACUGUAUUUUUUUAACACUUUGUAUUAAUGACCUCGCUGUUCAAAUUUCUGCUAAUUACAGUUUGCCAGAUAUCGACGGCGGUGGUUCCCGAUGGGACACCCUGUAUAUAUCCGGGCUGAUUCACAGUACAGUACAUGUCGUCCAGUAUUUACUGUUAUUAAGCGGGCACAUACAGGGCGGGUGAAAAGUGCCGCCCCCACACGGCAGCAUUUUAUCUUGGCUCGCCGUGUAUGUUCCAUUAAUGAAUGAUUUCGGUUUCUUCCAACUAAGCAAGCUGUGGAAACAAGUACUUUUUUGGCCAGUAGUUGUUGUAGACAUUUGUCGGCGAUUGGUCAUGUUUCUACUAGUGCAAGUGAGGGCCGUGGCAAAGAAAUAGUACAAUUAAUCUUAUUAUAAUUAUUAUUAUUGAUGCGAAUAAGAUUGUUAAUGUGGACGCCGAAAGUUUAUCGAUGUUAAUGAAGUGCAAUUCGCCGUUUUUCCUGUGUCUCACCUUGUAAGAAGAUGUUCAUAGAGUUGAUGUUUAGUAAGCGCAAUUAGGGGCGCUCAAUUUCAGUAUUAAUUCUCGUGCUAAAACAGUGCAAAAUUCGUCGAUUACUUAACUGGAAGUGCGUCACCGCUUUUCCAAUUCUCCCCCAUUGAGUGCUUACUUAAAUCAAAAAGUUAAAAAAGUGUCUUAACUAUUAUACAACGGAAUACCCAGGGUUGGAUCCAAUUCCCCUAUCGAGGAGAUAUCAGCUAUUUUUGUGCCUACCAACUCAAUGCAUUCCGCAGAUAAUAUACAUAUACCUAUAUUUUGUACCUAAACAUUGUAAUUUUGAUGUACAUAUAUUUGAUAAAUAGAGGGUUUAUGAUAUACAUCUUAUUACCACAGAAAAAACUUUGCUUUACAGGGUGAUAUAGGCUAGUCCUACUAACAGAGCGCGCGGGUGUUUUCGGGUUGGCCGGUCGCUACCUACAUUCUACUAAUCUUUACACGAAGUUUUUUCUAUGAAAAUAAGCUUUAUUUAUAGGAGUUACCAAGAGUUAUUGCACUAAGAUUUACUGUUGACUAAGCGUCAGGAGGGUUUUUCACGUUUUUUAUCCUUGUGUAACAUUUGUUAUUCAUUGAGAGUGCCUUUUAGCACAUCGACUGUUAUUUACCAUAAGUUUAUGGCAAGUUUCUAUACAUAAGCACAUUAAAUGAUUGAUUCAG